AUGGUCGCGCCCGAAGGAGCGCCUCAGUCCCGACGGGGCGACGGCUCGCGAGGACGCCAUCGUGGUCGCGGGAGGGGAAACACUGCCAGUGGCCGUGGCGCCGCCACAAGACGGGGCAGAGGCGACGGACAGCCUCUGAACCCGGCGGCCCGUGAUGUCGCCGACGCCGCUGCAAGAGCUCAUGGCCUCGACGGCGCCGCCUCCGCCAACCGGCCUGCCAACGACAACGUCGCCAACGGUGCGUCCGAUAAUGACGACGCCGACGACGCCGACGUCUGCUUCAUUUGCGCCAACCCCGUUGCGCACCACUCCAUUGCGCCCUGCAACCACACCACCUGCCACAUCUGUGGCCUGAGGAUGAGGGCCCUCUACAAAACCAAGGACUGCGCCCAUUGCCGGACCCCCGCCCCUUUUGUCGUCUUUACCGACGAUGCCGAGAAGCGCUUCGAGGACUACUCCGCCAACGACAUCACCACGGCCGACAUCAACAUCGGCAUCAAAUAUACAAACGAGGACAUUGUCGGCGACACCGUCCUCCUCCUCCGCUACAACUGCCCCGACCCCUCCUGCGACUUUGCCGGCCUCGGCUGGCCCGAUCUCCAUCGCCAUGUCAAGUCUGCCCACAGCAAACGCAUGUGCGACCUCUGCACACGCAACAAAAAGGUCUUUACCCACGAGCACGAGCUCUUCUCCGACCGCGACCUAGAGAAGCACAUGCGCCACGGCGACGACAAGCCUGGCGCCGCGGACCAGACGGGCUUCAAGGGCCACCCUCUGUGCGAGUUUUGCGGCGAGCGCUUCUACGACGACGACAAGCUCUACGAGAGAGACUCAAGGACACCUCACUACUACCGCGACUACAACGCCCUCGAGCAGCACUUCAAGAGGGACCACUACCUGUGCUACAACAGCGAGUGCUUGGAAAAAAAGUUUGUCGUCUUCGAGUCCGAGAUGGACCUGCAGGCACACCAGCUGAGCGAACAUGCCGGCAAAGCUGCCGGCCGUGAUGCCAGGGUGGUCGAUAUUUCGGCCUUUGACAUUAGGCAGUCGUACCAGCAGGAGAGGCGAGGAGGGGGCGGCGGAAGAGGCAGAGAUCCCAACGGAGACACUGUUCCGCCAACCUCAGCCCAGCCCUUGCGUCGCGACGAGCUGGCUUUUCAGCGACAAAUGGCCAUCCACUCUGCUCAGUCCGUCUCCAACCGCACCUUUGGUGGCCAGCUGACGCCGUCGCCGGCACAGCCCCAGAGCAGCAUCGUCAACCCGAUGGAAUCGCUCGCCGUUACCGAUACCUCCAACCUGGCACCCGAGGAGCGCGCCCGGCUCCUCCGCCACAGCUCGGUGGUUGAGCGGGCGAUCAACCUCUUGGGCAAUGACGGCGCCAAACUGGCCGACUUCCGCGACCAUAUCUCGUCGUACCGAAGAGGCGGCUUCACGGCCCCGCAGCUCAUCGACGCCUUCUUCACAAUAUUUGCCGACGUGUCUUCCAACGCGCUCGGAACCCUCGUGCGCGAAGUGGCAGACUUGUUCGAGGACAAGGCCAAGGCCGACGGCCUGCGCAAGGCGUGGCAGGACUGGCGGGCCAUCAACGAGGACUACCCCAGCCUCCCGGGGCUGAGCGGUAUGCACGGGGCUACGUCGAGCUCGAGCGGAUGGGCCACCGCCUCGGCCGCCAAUCCCGCUCUCCCCACCGCCGCGCCGUCCCAGAAGCACUCCAACAGGGUGCUGAAGCUUAAGAACAGCACCAGGCUGGGGGGCCCAACACCCAGCAGCCCACGGGGACCCCCGGGCUGGGCCGCGGCGUCGUCGUCGUCGUCGUCGUCGUCGUCGUCAGCCUUUCCCUCGUUGCCCGCCGCCAGCCGGCCCGCGGCGUCGUCUUCCGGCCCCGUGUCCCGGCCGUCGUCGCGUACGGCCACGGGCCCCUCGGGCGGCGGCGGGCGCCGCAGUGGUGGGCGAGGCGAGGACGCUUUCCCCGCGCUGCCCGCGGCGCCAAAGCCGAUGACGACGCUGUUUGGUUACGGCUCCGGCCGCGGCGUGCGCAGGGACUACGGCCAUGCCAGCUCGGACUUCCAGUGGGGCAGCAACGCUGCGUCGGCGCCUGGUGGUGCCGCUACCGCUGCUUCUGCGAAGCAGGACGACGUGGACGAAGCUGGGGGUGCGAAUGGAGGCGGCGGUGGAGGUAAGGGGAAAAGGGGCAGCAAGAAGGGCAAAAAGGUGCUGGUCCAGUGGGGCUGA